CUGGAUUCGUAGUUUCUAAAAGCUUUGUUUCCCCACCAACUACCUUGCUGAUCGUUGCAAGAUGGGGGCGCGUACUUGCAGCCGAAUGCGGCAUCUUCUUAUGAUAGGGACAGGCCCAAAUCAGAAAGAACGUUCGCGCCGCUAAGCAACGCCCAUUUCCGGGUAUACCCGCAGUAUGAGGAAUGCUGACGUCGGUGUCAGCUGUUUCCACACAACAUGCUCUCAAGCCGGCAGGACAUAGCUUCGCAAUAACAUAGAAUGUGACAAGCAGAGCUAGUCACUGUAUAUAUCGACUAAGCGUCGGAUCAGGUCAAGCUUUAACAGUGGCAGUAAACGGGCUUGACUCCUGUGGUGGAUUUCCACGCCCAGCUAUAUUCUCCUUCAAUCGGAUGAAAUCGUACAGGCGGCCGUUCAGAUAAGUUCUGUAUUCACAUCCAUGGUGGUGAACCUAGCUGAUGGAAAGGAAGGCUGUCAAACAGCUCAACAUGGUCUCCAGGUUGCCCAAGUUUGCUUCCCGUCCUUCAGGCCCCACCAUGACCAACCUUUCCCAAAGAUCUGUCCUCCCGGUUUCCUCCUCGGAGUCUAAAGAUCGACCUCCAGGCAGGCAAAAUAAUUUAACACGUCUGCAAUCCCUAAAUUGGAGAAAGGAUGAAGAGGACAUUAGGAAUAAAGUGCAACACACUGACAGCUUGGAUGAGGAGACUAGUGUAACUAUAAAUUCACGGUCCCCAGUGAUGGUGACUAAAAAGCCUUCCCCUACAGCUGCAGCAAAAUGUAAAAGUGCAGUCCCCACUUCACAAACUAGUUGUCCCAAGAGCAUACCUCAGCCUAGCAAAACCUUUCUCCGCAUGACUACUCCCAAAAGCCUCUCAACACGGAAUCCCCUGUAUAAUGACAUGGCUACUCAGAAUGGAGUAAGUGGUGGUAAUGGGCGUUGUGGCUCCUCAGGGCACGGUGUUGGUCAUGUAUCCCGACAAAGAACCCUGCAGAGCAAACAAUCACUGUCCAAUGACAGCAUCAAGUCUCCCUCUACAGAGAGUAUAGUGCGCUCUCAGAGUUUCACCCACUCCAAAAGGGUAGCUUGCUCCAGCAACCCACCUAUUACCCGUUCCUUCUCCUUUAACAAAGCUACAGAGCUUGCUAAAGAACUUCCCAGACCUUUGGCACAGUCUCCAGUGGCUAGAUCAUCCCUCAUAAAGCCAAACACAGUAUUAUCCAAAGAGAAAGUAAGUAAAAAUGAAAUGCCAAGGCAUUCUGUAACUACUAGCAGUCAUCUUUUGCAGACGAACACAAUAAAGAAAUCCCUUUUACCCAGCUUUUCAGGGAACAAACCUUCUGUGCUCAGUUAUAGACUUACACGUCCAACACUAACCAGACAUCCCCGUACUGUUUUCCCUGGAACUGUCCAGAAAGAAGCAGAAUUGAGUGGAAAUGUCCAAGACACUACAAAGAUAGCAGAAAACAGCUCAGAACCAAGUAGCAACAUUGAAAGUAUUGAAACUACCCCAAAUGAGACUUCUUUUGAAGAAAAGGAGGCUGAGGGGAGUCUGGGCCCCUCCUUGGAGGACAUGUCACUAUCAUCGUCCUCCUCUGUGGAGCACAAUGACACUAGUGAAGAGUACAUGGAUGACUUUGAUAAUCUCGGGAAUGGAGGUGAGGCCCUGCUGUUGCCUGUCCACAGUGAGGGGUUAGACCACUUAGGACUAUGUAAAGAUGACAGCGCUCUAAUUACCAAGUGCAAUGAGGAAUCAUCAGUGACCAGCCUGCACACCUUCUUAUCCGAAACCAUUGACUGGGCAGGGAUGGGCUUCACAGCUGGUAAAGAUGCCUUUGAGCAUGAGAUGUUGUCUCCUGUAGGCCAUUUUCCUCAUGGCUCAUCUUUGGACCUAUCACCCUCAGACAGCUCUGGAGGGACUUACAUGUGGGACGAAGAGGGAAUGGAGGCACUGGGAAGCUCUGAACUCCCCUGUGGAAGCUUUGACUCUGAUCUUAACAGCAUGGACAUUCUCAACAACCUGGAGAAUGUUGAGUCAUGUGACCUGGAGGAAGAUGACCUCAUGUUGGAUUUGGACUUGUCUGGAGAUGCAUCCUUAGACAGUGACACUGACUGGACAUCACCUUAUGAAUGCUCUGAAAAAGACAGCUGGCCAACUCAGAGGAGGAGACGACAGCAAUACUGGGGCAGCCAUGAUCAGUUCCGCUGUGAAAACAGAAGUGGCAUUUUGCAGUCGUUUGACGGGAGUAAGGAACAGGGACUGGAGAGGUCAAAGUCAAACCAUGUGACACUGGAUGAUUUGACUCUGAAAAACAUGGCUCAAGACUGCUCUUCUGUCAAAGAACAGCUGCUUCAACUGAAGACACUGUUUCAGAUGGAGACAGAUGGUUCAGUUGAAGAUACUUUAGAGGCUCAUACACCACAAUCCAAUGACCAGUCUUUACUUGAUCAGAAGGUGGCACUUCUCCUGAAAGAGGUUCAAGAACUGAAAAAUGAGCUCAGAAGCAAAGACAGGAUGAUCGCUGAACUUUCCCAGCAGCUCUCUUCUCCAAAAGAGGAUAUGCAGUUCCACUGCUUGCAGGAUUCAGAGGUUAACAAGGAGUCACUGGAGCACCAAGACAAGGAUACUCAAACCUUGUGGAAGGCACAUAAUCUUCAAAUACCUCAGACUCCCAGAUUCUUACCAAACAAGCUCCACAAUCAUGAAGGACUGUCAAGUCCAACCUCUUCAGAGGCCCCUUGUGACGGUUUGGAUGCCGAGCCUAGUCACCACCCACUGACGCCCCGGUCCUGCUUCCCAGACCUACAAUGUUCCAUCGCUGUUGAAUCUGCCCCAAACUGUUCUGUACCGACAGUAACUAUAUCUGCUGAUAGCUCUUCUGCCUCCUCUUCAAGAACUUUUCAAAGCACUGAUCCUGCUGAGCUUGGUCUCAUUCGAAGCCAGCUUAAAAUCAAUGAGCCAGCAAGUCCACCAGUUUCUGCUAGCUUUUACUGUAAGCUAGAGAAAGGUAUACAAAAAAUUCCUUUGAGAAGAAGCAAUUUUUCAACCUUACAGCCACAAACUUAUGUUAAGAGAGCUUCAACAUUCAUCAAGCCCCAGGAAGUACAGCAGGUCAGUAUGUUCAAAGUAGCCCUGGGUAGGUUUGGAGCCCCAGGUCUAUCCAGAACAAGACAUCAACCUUUAACAGCUCCUGGAAUACCUUGCAACAACCCAGCCCGAGAAACUACCAUGCACAGCACUACUGCACCAAUAUUUAACCAACAAAAUCAAGGGUGCAGACAGUCUUUAUUGCUCAGAAAGAUACAGAGCAAUUUGCCCAGAACCAGUGCCCCCCUCCAGCCCAAACAUUCCCGCCUUCCUAAGCCAAAGACACUUUCUUCUCUCACAAACCCUGCUACUCAACAAGGUCAAACAACAACCUCCCCCUCUCUGCCUUCUCGUAUGCUUCCACAAUUCUAGAUUAGUUAAGCAGGGCUUGGGGGCAUCCCACCAGAGUGUAGAAAAGCUGCUCCUUAAGGCCCUGCUUGUAAGGCACCAGUCAAGUAUUUUGCCAGUUAUGCUUACCAUGUACAAAACAAAACACAACAUAAUGCACUUAAGUUGUAAGAGACACUAUUGUCUACCUUGUACCUAUGCAUCUUGCAUAAGAUAUUACUCCUUUGAUAGUUAGCAAGGCACCACUUCUCUAGGAUAAUGACCAAAACCAAGCAGAGUAUUGUUAUUACUCCCACAUAAUUUUUUUGUAUUGCUCUCAUUGAUCCUGUUGAGAGAGACUUGCAUUUUCCUUUCUUAACUACUACCACAUUAUGUGCACCACAUAGGCCAUUAUAAAGGGUGCCCACUGAGAUUUUCAGAGGAGUCAUCUCUUCCAAUUGCUUCUCUACCCAUCUCUCUUUGUACCUUUGUUCUUUGCCAAUAGCAUGACAGUUGUGACCUGUUUGAAUUGGCCUCCCAACACCAUACCUAAUAAAAGCAAGUUCUGGAAGCCAAGUCAGUCUUAACACCAGAAAGUUGUAAGACUGUGAACAUACUGUAAAAUGAAAAAAAAACAAAAAAAAAACCUGGCUGUGAGGAACAUUGGCCUAUACAGUGAGGAAGUUUAAAGUGAUUGACAUGGUUACUUUACAAUAAGAGUGAUUUCACUAAGUAGGAUGUUUUUUUAUUGUUGGUUCUGGACAACAUUCUUUAGAUUUAAGUGUUAGGAAGAGAGACCUAUAAGGGACAGGGACAUCGUUAGGACUAGCAUUGUUUGAAAGGAAUGAAUACACUACCGUUCAAAAGUUUGGAAUCAGAACGAUUUUUAAUGUUUUUUAAAGGAGUUUCUUAUGCUCAUCAAGGCUGCAUAUAUUUGGUACAGGAAUACAGGAAAAAAUGCAAUAUUG